AUGAGGCGUCACCAGCCGCGGGAGGCAGGCCCAGACACCAGGAACACCGGCCCACGGGGGAGGGGGGAGCAAGGGGCGCCUCUCCCCGGGGACCCCGACCCAGAGCCCUCCGACCCCUCGCCCAGGAGCGGCCACGCCAGAAGCCCCCCGCCCCCCGUGGCGGGAACCCCUCCCAGGCGCCUUCCACAGCAGCCAGGCCGGGGAGCCGAGGGUGCCAUCUCCAGGGGCACCCCCGAGCUGCACUGA